UCGGAGGCGCCGGGGCGCAGCGGAGCCCCGAGAGGAGGCGCGAGGGCGCGAGAGCCAGGACGGCCGGACCCCGCCGGCGCUCGGCCGCUGCCCGCACCCAUGGCGCCCGCCGCCGUCUGGGCCGCGCUGGCCGUCGGACUGCAGCUCUGGGCCGCAGGGCGCGCCGUGCAGGCCCAGAUGGCUUUUACCCACUCUGUCCUGGAGGCCAGCGGCUCGUGCCAGCUGAGAGAAUUCUACGACAAGAGGACCCAGAGGCGUUGCAGCCAGUGUCCACCUGGCUGCCGCGCAAAAACUUCCUGCAACGAGACCUCAGAUACCGUGUGCGUCCCCUGCGAGGACAGCACAUACACCCAGCUCUGGAACUGGCUCCCGGAGUGCCUGAGCUGUGGCUCCCGCUGUGGCUCCAACCAGGUGGAAACUCAAGCCUGUACUUUGAAACAGAACCGCAUCUGCACCUGCAGGCCGGGCUGGUACUGCAUGCUUCCAAGGCAGGAGGGCUGCCAGGUGUGCAUGCCGCUGCGCAAGUGCCACCCCGGCUUCGGUGUGGCCAAACCAGGAACUGCAACAUCGAAUGUGGUGUGCGCUCCCUGUGCCCCGGGGACAUUCUCUGACAGGACGUCAUCCACAGAUACUUGCAGGCCCCACCGGAAGUGUAGCUCGGUGGCUAUCCCUGGCAACGCAAGCAUGGAUGCAGUCUGCACGUCUGGGGCCUCAGAGCCAGCCUCUGUGCCCCAGCCAGGGUCCACAAGACCCCAACACACGGAGCCAACUCCAGGGCCCAGCACAGCUCCUAGCACCUCCCUCCCGCCCCGAAUGGUUCCAAGCCCCCCAGCUGAAGGGCUCAUCACUGGGAACAUCUCUAUUCCAAUCGGACUGAUCGUGGGUGUGACAGCCUUGGGUCUGCUGGUAAUAGGGCUGGUGAACUGUAUCAUCGUCACCCAGAAGAAAAAGAAGCGCUUCUGCCUGCAAGGAGAAGCCAAGGUGCCUCACCUGCCUGCUGAUAAGGCCGGAGGUGCUCCGGGCCCCGAGCAGCAGCACCUGCUGACGGCGGCGCAGAGCUCCAGCAGCAGCUCCCUGGAGAGCUCGGCCAGCGCCGCGGACAAGAGGGCGCCUGCCGGGGACCAGCUGCAGGCGCCAGGCACGCAGAAGGCCAGCGGGUCUGGGGAGGCCCGGGCCAGCUCCAGCAGCUCAGCAGAGCCUUCCCCUGGCGGCCACGGGACGCAGGUCAACGUCACAUGCAUCGUGAAUGUUUGCAGCAGCUCUGGUCACGGCUCUCAGUGCCCCUCCCAGACCAGCUCCACGACGGGGGACACGGAUGCGAGCCCCUCAGGCUCCCCGAAGGACGAGCAGGUCCCCUUCUCCAAGGAGGAAUGCCCGUGUCAGUCCCCACUGGGGGCUCCAGAGACUCUGCAGCAGAACCCAGAGGAGAAGCCCCUGCCCCUUGGCGUGCCUGAUGCCGGGAUGAAAUCAUUAACCAGGCCGGCCUGGGACAUGUCACAGCCAAGGUGGGCCCAUCCCUGGUCCUUCUAGGCCCCACCCCCAGGACUCUGGCUCUUUCUGGGCCAAAUUCCUUUAGUGGCCUCCAGCCUCAGCCUUUCUCUCACCUGCAGGUGGAGGGAUGAGGCAGGGAGAGUCGUGGAAAACCUCUCCUGUCACAGUGUGCGUCCCUCUCAGAAGGCUAGCUGGACAGGGACUGCUGGGCAGCCCCGGGCAAGCCCUGCCUCUCUGAGAGCUGCCCCCCAGCCAGUCCUGCGAGCUUGGCUUCUGGAGCCCUUGUUUAGUCUUUCAUCCCUGGGUCUACUGGGGAGGAGGGACGCUGCGUGCCCCAUCUGUG